UGUAAGAUAAAUCUAUGAUUGGUAACCAAAACAUUUUUCAAAUUUGGAAACAAUUUUCAAUUUGAGAAGAAAUAUUAUUUUUUUUAAUGUUAUUUUUAGCCAUGAAUUAUGUUGACCUUAAAAAAUGUUUUUAAAGAACAACUACGGCAUUACAUUUGUGGUAACACUAAAAACCAGAUUUUGAAAGAUGCAUUUGGUAUGAAUUCAGAUGAAGCUUCAUUGUUACUUAGCAAAAUUAAAUUGAAAGAUCCAGACAUUCUAUUAUCUGCAAUAAAAACAUGUCGAAAUCUUGGAUUCUCAGAUGAACAGAUUUUAUCAGAUCCCAAAGUGUUAAAUAGAAAACCUAUGUUGAUGGAACAGGAGUAUCUAAUUUUACAGGAAGGAGGUUUUUCUCAAAUCACACCAGAUAUAUUAUAUCAGUAUCGCACACUUUAUUCUAAAAAGAUAUUAGAAUUGAAAUUAAGCAACUAUGUACCCAAUGAUACUAAUGUGGCAGAAUCAUUCAGCCGAUAUUUUGAUCCACAACCAGAUGAGGGGGUAAUAGAUUUUCAUCAGUAUACUGAUGAUGAGAGAUGGAGAGAUGUUCAUGCUAGUGUAAUUAGAUUAUAUUUAGGAUGGAGAUUGCAAGCUACAAAGGCAGAAAUGGAAAAAUUAUUCAGAAUCCAUAUAUUCAUAAGGAAUAAAAGUAUUCGUCUCUUAUGUGAAAAUAUUAAAUUAGCAUUGCAAGUUGGCUUGAGCCUUAAACGGAUAAGAACCUCUGGAUAUGUUCUCCAUGCAUAUCCACCUUAUACCAAAGACGUGUUGAGAGAUUAUUCUAACAUAGCUGGAGGCAAUUUGAUGAAAGCUAUCAAAGGUUGUCCAAAACUAUUGAUGGUCUCUCCUGAAAAAUAUGCCAAAAUUUAUGGUUUGCUGAAGAAACAUAAUAUUCGGGAUGAAGCAAUAAGAAAUCAAUUGAAUGUAUUUCAAUAUGCCCCUCAAACAGUCCAGUAUCGAUUAGAAGAAAUUGACAAAUUACCAGAGUUACGAGUACUUAAACACCAUAAUAAAUUUCUCAGUUUGGUAGUUCAUCAUCAAAGAGCUAAAUCAAGACUAUGUUAUUUACAAGAACUCAAGAUGAAAUGUUUGCCAUUGAAACUUCUAGCUUUAAAGGGUCGUAUUGAUUCGGAUAUUUUGAGUGGAAUAGAUCUAAAUGACGCCAAGGAAAUUAUGAUAUUUUUGAGUGGUCUUCUGAAAUGCAAGUCAAAACUAUUCGAGAAACAACUGAAAAAGCAUCCACAUUAUUGUGCAGUACCUCUUAUACAAAUGGAAGAUACUUACAAUUACUUAAUAGAAAUGAAAUUUACUAACGAUGAUAUUUGCAGAGUGGUCGCCAUACUUCUUUAUCCCAAAGAUCUCAUAGAAGAAAAUUUAGUGUCUAUAAAAAAUGAUCCAAUAUUAAGUAAAACAACGGAUCCAACUGACCAAUUGAAUUUAUUAUUGUACAAUAUGGAAAAAAAAUUUGAUUUCUCAGGGAAAGGAAUUUGGCCAGAACCAACAAUUAUUAAUGAUGAAACGAACAAGACAAUAAAAGAUGACAUUUAAUUUUU